AAAUAGCUGCACUGGUGCCAAGGAGAACAUGAAGAUCUAAAUCGCUGGCGGAAUCAGGUUUUUCUGGUGACCCAGAAGCUGAGCAUCCCAACUCAGAGAUGGGCCAAAUGGGUUUCCUGCUUCAUUUCCUGGCUUUCGUUCUACUUCACAACCAAUGGGCAGCUGCUUACGGUUUCAGGAACUGCAUCCAGUCCAUGUAUGACCCAGGUUCUUUCACGUGCAUGCAACGCUUCCUGAAUGAUGUCUCCAGUGCCGUGAAGGACCUUCCCAACAAUGCCACAGUGGUCAAUGCAUCCCAUAAUUUCAUUCGGUUCUUGCCUUAUGGGAGCUUCCAACACCUCCCAAAGCUGAAGGUCCUGCACCUGAGCUUCAACAAAAUGGAAGUGAUAGAAGGCGGGGCCUUCGAGAACCUCACAGACUUGAGGACGCUCAAUCUUUCCUGCAACAGCCUCGUGAAUCUAUCCAAAUAUGCCUUCCUGGGUUUGCCAAACCUCACCUUCCUCAUCUUGCACCAUAACCGAUUGAGCAAAAUCCAGGAGGAUACAUUUAGUCCAUUUCAGAACCUCCUGGCACUGCAGCUCCAUUUCAACAAGUUGGAGAACUUUGAAGAAGUAGUUCUGAGCUUAGUGAGACUGACAAGCCUGAAGGUGCUGAAUCUGUGUAACAAUAACCUGACCUCCCUGGAGUCUGAACCAAGGCUGCCCACUUCCUUGUCUACUCUCCUGCUAUGUAACAAUUCCCUGCAUAAGGUGGACGUUAAGGAACCAGAGUUCCUGAGGAACGUAAAACGACUGGACAUUUCUUACAACAGGAUCUCAAAUGCAUCUUCUUUUGCCACAGUCCACCUCCAAAACCUCAGCAGACUGGAGCUGAUGGGGAACGGGCUAGACAUUUUCCAGGUCUUCAAAGUUUCUGACUUGCGGCCUUGGACCCUAGAUUACUCUGGGUUGUAUUUAAGUAAAUCCUAUCAGCUGUCCAAGUUGUGUGAGCAUCUCAAUGCAUCCAACCAUUCCUUGCCUCUCCGUCUUCAGAGCAACAACAUCAGGAAAGUGAAUAGCAGCACCUUUGGGGCAUGCCCCCCCAUCCUGCUACUGGACCUUUCAAGGAACCGUCUCAGGUCAGUGGGAUGUGUAAGGGAGAAGAUGGGGCGGGUACAAAACCAGCUGAAGACUUUGAUUGUGGAACACAACUUGCUGGGCAAAUUAAAGUCCUGCUCUAAGAUUGAUCCCUUAAAUGAGCUGAGAACCAUCUCUUUCCGCUUCAAUCGUAUCCUUUUGGUAUCUGCUCAGGCAUUCUGCUAUGCCCCUAAUCUGGAGACACUCCACCUCAAUAUCAACAGCAUUGCCGUCCUGGACAAAAAUGCCUUGAAAGGGUUGCAGUAUCUCAGGGAGCUGCGCUUGGAUAACAACCUUCUAACCGAUCUCUACGAAACUAGUUUUGACGACUUGAAGAGCCUCAAGAUCCUCAAUCUCCGAAACAACCAUGUUUCUGUCCUCUUCCCCGGUGUCUUCAAGAACCUUGGGAGCCUUUAUAUUUUAGACCUAGGGGGGAACAACAUCCGUAGAUUGACCAACACAUCGUUUGAGGGACUGAGGAAUCUCUCCAAUCUCUAUCUGGAUGGCAAUCAUAUUGAAUACAUUAGUCACUGGUUUUUUAAACCUGUGCAGAGCACUCUCCAGGUUCUGGACCUGAGAGCCAACAAGAUAAACUACAUCAGCAUGAAGCAACACAGCCAGCCUCCCUUCUUGAACCUGCACAAGCUCUACGACCUCAAGCUCCAAGGACAGCAACCUUAUGGCUUGAAAAUCAUCCCACCCAAGUUCUUCAAGGGCCUGAGGUCCUUGCGCAAUCUCCACCUGUCAGAAAACAAAAUUCUCUCCAUUGCACCUGAUGUCUUUGACGACCUGGGGCAGCUGAGGUAUCUAAGCCUGGCUGAUAGCAGUAACGGUAUGGGGAACUUUCCACCGGGCAUAUUCAAGAAUCUUAGAAACUUGACUUUGCUGAACCUGGAGAACGCUGGCCUCCGCACAUUGACCCUGGAGGUCUUCGGCAACCUCAGCAGGCUGCGCACCCUGCAAAUGGGGAAGAACGAGGUUCAGACGAUCAAUAGCAGCGUGAUGGAAAAGCUGGCUUCCCUGAGAUACCUUGACCUACGCAAGUGCCCCUUGUCUUGCACCUGCGAUAACAUUUGGUUCCAGUUGUGGCUGAACAACAGCCAGGUGCAGGUGGUUUACCUGUACAACUACUCCUGCAAUUCUGGGCAGCCUUCUAGCUAUAUCUAUAGCUUUGACACCCAUGUCUGCUUCCAAGAUGUGGGCGUGUACCUGUUCUUUUUCACCUUCCCAACUCUCUUGCUGCACAUGGUUCUGCCUUUCCUCUACCACCGCACCUACUGGCGCCUGAAAUACCACUUCUACGUCCUUCGGGCGUGGGUCAACGACCACUGGAGACACGGCAAGGACGACCAAUACAAAUUUGAUGCCUUCGUCUCCUACAACUCCACUGACGAGAGCUGGGUGCUGGAGCACUUGGUACCCAGUCUAGAAAAAGGAGGGGGUCCCGUCUUCCGUCUCUGUCUCCACCACCGGGACUUCCAGCCUGGGAAGUACAUUAUAGACAAUAUAGUCGACAGCAUCCACAACAGUCGGCAUACCAUCUGCGUGAUUAGCCGGAGGUACCUGCGAAGCGAGUGGUGCUCCAUGGAGAUACAGCUGGCCAGCUACCGGCUCUUUGAUGAACUCAAGGAUGUCCUUAUACCUGUUUUCCUGGAGGACAUCCCAGAGCGGGAGCUCUCUGCCUAUCACCGGAUGCGGAAAGUGAUGCUAAAGAAGACCUAUAUUUCUUGGCCCGCAGAACCCGAGGCUCAGAAGCUGUUCUGGGCUAAAAUGCGAGUCGCUUUAAAGGGAGGGCACUCAGAGGAAAAGGAGGAAAGCAUUUAUUGGUUUGAUAAUGGAGGCAAACCCGUGGUGGAAUCAGUCUUCAAGGUGGCGGAGGAAGGUGACUAG